AUGAAUUAUAGACCAAUUGUUAAAAGGUUUAUCAAAAUGUCAUCAACUAUUGCUAAUAAUAAUGGUAAAAAAGUUACACAACCUGAAUGGUUUCAACCAAAAGAUCAAUCUAAUUUAAAACCAAAAUUAAAGAUCUAUAAUUCUUUAACAAGAUCUAAAAAUGAAUUUAAUACUAUAAAACCAAAUCAUAUUACGUGGUAUAGUUGUGGUCCAACCGUUUAUGAUCAUUCACAUAUGGGUCAUGCAAGGAAUUAUGUUUCAACUGAUAUUUGUAGAAGAAUCUUGCAAAAUUAUUUUGGUUAUAAUAUAAAUUUCAUACAAAACGUUACUGAUGUAGAUGAUAAAAUUAUUAUCGCAGCUAGACAACAAUACUUAUUUGAAGAAAAAGUUUUAAAACAAUAUAAUGAAAUUAGCAAUGAAUUAAUUGAAUCCUCAAGGGAGUGGUUAAAUUAUUAUAUUGAAAAAAAUUUAAAUGAAUUUCAAGGAAAUGUCCAAACAGAGUUCAUAAAUUGGAGUAAUACAGUUAAUGCAGAAGAGAUAUUAAAAGAAAAACCCAAAUUUAAAAUGUACUUGAAAGCUGCAAAAUUAGCUCAUGAAUCAAUUUACAAUAAAAAUGGUGCAUUAGAAUCAUUCUUAAACAACAUUAAAGAUAUUGCUCUAGUCUCAUUAGAUCAACAAUAUGGUGCAACAGUUACUGAUCCAAAAAUAUUCAAGAAAUUACCAGCAUAUUGGGAAAAGAGAUAUAAUGAAGACAUGGCAAAAUUAAAUGUUUUACCACCAAGUAUAACAACAAGAGUUUCAGAAUAUAUACCAGAUAUUAUUGAAUUUGUUGAUAAAAUCAUUGAAAAUGGUUAUGCGUAUUCAGCCACCGAUGGUUCAGUUUAUUUCGAUACUGUUAAAUAUGAACAUUCAAAGCAUGAUUAUGCUAAAUUACAACCAUGGAAUAAAGGAGAUAUGAGUUUGAUACAAGAUGGUGAAGGGUCAUUAAGUAGUUCAGAUGGUAAAAAAAAUCCAAGUGAUUUUGCUUUAUGGAAAUCUUCAAAACCUGGUGAACCUUCAUGGGGUUCAAAAUGGGGUAAAGGACGUCCUGGUUGGCAUAUUGAAUGCUCAGUAAUGGCUUCUGAUAUAACUGGUGAAACUAUGGAUAUUCAUUCUGGUGGUAUUGAUUUAUGUUUCCCACAUCAUGAUAAUGAAUUAGCACAAUCUGAAGCUUAUUACGAUAACAAGCAAUGGGUAAAUUAUUUUAUGCAUAAUGGUCAUUUACAUAUUCAAGGUCAAAAAAUGUCAAAAUCAUUAAAAAAUUUCAUUACAAUUCAAGAAGCACUUGAAACUUUUUCUUCAAGACAGCUUAGAUUAGUAUUUGCAAUGAAUCCAUGGGAAAGACCAUUAGAUUUUAAAGAUUCAUUAAUUAAUGAAAUCAAAUCAAUUGAAUCAACAUUUUCAAAAUUUUUCACAAAUAUAAGAGCAUUAAAUAAUGAUUAUAGAGAUAGAGUUUAUGAUAAUGAUGAAUAUAUUUCAAAAAGAAUUGGUGAAAAUGAAAAGAAUUUAUAUCAAUAUUUAGCAAAAGCUCAAGAUGAAGUUAAUGAAGCAUUUUGUGAUAAUUUAUCAAGUACACAAGCGAUUAGAACUCUUUUAGAAUUAGUUUCAAAAGCUAACAAUUAUAUACAAUCAACAGCAAGAUCAGAAAUUAGAAUUGAAGUUUUAACUGCCAUCACAAAUUACAUUGUUAAAAUCUUAAAUGUAUUAGGAUUUGAAACUAGAGCUGAUGGAUUAGGUUGGAGUCAUGAUUCAACUUCAAGUGUAGCAAAUGAAGAAGAAGUUAUAUUACCUUAUGUCAAAUUAUUAUCACAGUUUAGAGAUUCUGUUCGUAAAUUAGCUAUUAAUAAAUCUGAUUAUUCAGAAAUAUUAAAAACUUCAGAUUUAUUACGUUCAGAGUUAAUUAAUUUAAAUAUAUCAUUGGAUGAUAAACCAGAUGGAACUGCAUUAAUUAAAUAUUUGAACAAUCAAGAAAAACAACAACUUAUAGAACAACAAGAAUUAAAAUUAAAACAACAAGAAGAAAAAGAAGCAAAAAAGAAAGCACAACAGGAAGAAAAAGCUAAAAAAGAAGCUGAGCGUUUGGAAAUGAUGAAAAUUCCACCAAAUGAAUUAUUUAAAAAUGAUUUAUAUAAAGAAUGGGAUGAAAAUGGUAUACCAACAAUCGAAGCAAAUGGAGAAGAAGUUUCAAAAAGUAUGAAGAAGAAAUUAACUAAACAAUAUCAACAACAAGAAAAGUUAUAUCAAGAAUAUUUGAAAUUGAAUAAAUGA